AUGGAUCCUCCAGCCACAAGGUCGGACUCAAAGACUGAUAUAGAUGCCCCUACCAUUAGCCAUGAGAGUAACCACGAGCAUGUGGAUUUCAAGACUGCCAAAAAUGCGGAUGGCGACACGGCCAUGGCGCUAUUCGACGACCCGGAUGAGCUGCACGAAGAAGUUGAUCCAGUCGAAGCAAGGAAGUUACUGUGGAAGAUCGAUUUCAUGAUUCUUCCCUAUCUCGCCGUUUGCUAUGCUUUCUUCUACAUCGACAAGGUGGGAAUUCCACUCUUGGUUAUUGAGGAUGUAGUUCCAAGAGCUAAUGAUUCCAUUUUCUCGAAACAGACAACACUGAGCUACGCUGCUAUAUUUGGUAUUCGCGAAGACCUCAAUCUGCACGGAACACAGUAUAGCUGGCUAAGCAGCAUUUUCUACUUUGGAUUCUUGAUAUGGGCAUUUCCGACCAAUUUUCUCAUGCAACGUCUUCCAAUUGGCAAAUACUUGGGUGCCAACAUCUUCAUGUGGGGUGUCUUUCUCAUGAUCCAAGCUGCCUGCAACAGUUUCCAGACUCUCGCCGUCCUCCGUGCCCUGGGUGGUGCAGCUGAAGCCUGUGCCGACCCUGCUUUCAUGCUCAUUACGAGCAUGUGGUAUACGCGCCGCGAGCAGCCCGUCCGCUUGGGAUUGUGGUAUACAGCGAAUGGUCUAGGUAUUGCAUUGGGUGGUCUUUUGGGUUAUGGAAUCGGCCAGAUUCGUGGUGCGCUUCCAUCUUGGAAGUACGAGUUCAUUGUGAUUGGUGCCCUGUGUGCGGUUUGGGGUAUUGUCAUGUUCACUUUCCUUCCUGAUUCUCCUGUCACGGCAAAGGGACUGAGCAAGAGAGAGCGCCGAAUGGCUGUUGAGCGUUUGCGAGAGAAUCAAACCGGCGUGGAGAACAAGAACCUAAAGCCUUAUCAAAUCCUUGAGGCUUUCAUGGAUUAUAAGCUUUACAUGUUCUUUCUCCUGGGUAUUGUUUGUAUGUGUCUGAGAGAAUCUACUGCUUUCCCUUCGACUUACCUUUCUACAGGCAAUGUUCCUAAUGGUGGUAUCUCGAACUUUGGAACUAUCAUCAUCAAAGGAUUUGGAUAUUCAACAUUGAUUACCACUCUCAUGCAGAUUCCCUACGGCUUCAUCAUCGCCCUUUCGAUCUUAUCGUGUGUCUACUUGAACGACCGAUUCGAAAAUCGCCGUUGCGUCUUUAUCUUGAUCUACCUGAUUCCCAACAUUGCCGGUGCCUUUGGUCUCCGCUUUGUCCCGAUCCAACAUAGUGUAGGUCGGUUGAUCUGCUACUACUUGACAGGACCGUACAAUGCCGCAUUUGUACUUGUGUUGAGUAUGCAGAUCGCAAACACAGCCGGGCAUACCAAAAAGGUAGUCACCAAUGCGGUGCUGUUCUUAGGAUACUGUACUGGAAAUAUUGCCGGACCGUUCUUCUACAAGUCCGACCAAUCUCCAACAUAUGAGCUGGGCAUUUGGUCUAUGAUCGUUUCGCAUCUGAUUGAGGUCGUGCUAAUCAGUGCUCUUGGGCUUUUACUACGAUGGGAGAAUAAGAAGCGGGAUCGCAUUCAAUCCCAGAUGGAGGGAGGCCUUGAAGGGAGAGAUCUGGAUUCCACUGCAUUUUUGGACUUGACAGACCGGGAAAACUUGAAGUAUGUCUCCUUUCUCUUUGCUUUGCCGUGA